GGACCUGUUCUCUAUGGUUAUGUGUCCAGCUGUCUUGCUGGAGGGAGAUAGCAGGAAGCUAAGGGUGCAAUCGGAGGGUGAGACGGGGAGUGUAGGAACUUAUACCCGGGGCAGGGGUGUGGAUGCUCCGGGCAGUAGCUUAUACCUGGUGCCGGUAUAGGCUGGGGAGGGAUUGCAUACGUCAGGGAGGCAUUUCAGGGGGCACAAUAUAAAGCUGUUAGGGGCACAGUUCAGAGCAAGUUCAGCAAAAAGAAGCUUUAAGACCCAAUAAGUGCUAGGGGCAGUAAGGGGUUACAGAGUGUGAUAAUAAGACUCUGAGACACAGUAAGUGCCUACAGGGGGUUACAGAGUGUGAUAAUAUUAAUUCAGGUAGGGCCUACGGGGGGUUAAAGGGUGUGAUAAUAAUAACUCAGUAAGUGGCUACAGGGGGUUACAGAGUGUGAUCAUAAUACGACUCAGUAAGUGGCUACAGGGGGUUACAGAGUGUGAUCAUAAUAAGACUCAGUAAGUGAUUACAGGGGGUUACAAAGUGUGAUCAUACUAAGACUCAGUAAGUGGCUACAAAGGGUUACAGAGUGUGAUAAUAACUCAGUAAGUGAUUACAGGGGGUUACAAAGUGUGAUCAUACUAAGACUCAGUAAGUGGCUACAAAGGGUUACAGAGUGUGAUAACUCAGUAAGUGGCUACAGGGGGCUACAGAGUGUGAUAAUAACUCAAUAAGUGGCUACAGGGGGUUACUGAGUGUUAUAAUACGACUUAGUAAGUGGCUACAGGGGGUUACACAGUGUGAUCAUAAUAAGACUCAGUAAGUGGCUACAGGGGGCUACAGAGUGUGAUAAUAAGACUCAGUAAGUGGCUACAGGGGGUUACAUAGUGUUAUAAUAAUACGACUCAGUAAGUGAUUACAGGGGGUUACAGAGUGUGAUAAUAAUAAGACUCAGUAAGUGAUUACAGGGGGUUACAGAGUGUGAUAAUAAGACUGAGACCCUGUAGGUGCCAGGGGCAGUAAGUGGCACAGUUGGUACAGAGAGCCAGACAGUAAGGAAGGAGGUUUACAGAGAGCUUGAGUGUAAGGUUGGUGCAGGGUUUAUACAGCAACAUGUGGUUUAUAUAUGUUCUCAGCUGGAUGUCUCUGCUCAUCCAAGUAGCCUUUAUUGUCCUGGCAAUAGCUGCUGGAUUGUACUAUUUAGCGGAGCUUAUAGAGGAAUACACUGUAGCGGCCAGCAGGAUAAUCAAGUACAUGAUCUGGUUUUCCACGGGGGUGCUGAUUGGCUUGUACCUGUUUGAGAAAUUCCCCAUUUUCAUGAUUGGAGUUGGUCUGUUCACUAACGUAGUGUACUUUGGGCUGCUGCAAACGUUCCCUUACAUUAUGCUGACCUCCCCUAACUUCAUACUGUCCUGUGCUCUUGUGGUUGUGAAUCACUAUUUGGCGUUCCAGCACUUCGCUGAAGAAUAUUACCCUUUCUCAGAGGUUCUCUCAUACUUUACCUUCUGCUUGUGGCUCAUCCCGUUUGCAUUCUUUGUGUCCCUGUCAGCAGGAGAGAAUGUUCUGCCAUCCACAGUCCAACAAGGAGAUGAUGUUGUAUCCAACUAUUUUACAAAGGGUAAGAGAGGAAAACGUUCCGGGAUCCUCGUUAUAUUCUCUUUCAUCAAAGAGGCCAUUUUGCCAAGCAGGCAAAAAAUGUACUAAGGCUACUGAUAAACAUACCACGUGGUCAAAAUGUGAGCCAGUUAUGCCAAAGCACGUUAAAGAGCAGAGACACAAAGGAAAUAGAACACUUGAAAGGAUGACGCAUCAGUUAGUCCGCCUUCCACGAACUCUACACUCUAAUGCGCUUUUCCAGGAGGACUUUAAUCAGAUCUCCAACACCUGCAGCAUGCUGGCAAUAUAUGAUAAGAGACGUGCUGUGCAUCCGGAAUAUGUAGCUGCAUAUUUCUAUUUUAAAAUGACUGGCGCCUACAGGGGAUUUCUACACGUGGACAAGUUCAAUACGAUUUUAGAUUCCUAUUUUGCAAAACUUUCUAUGGUUUACAUCCUGUGGCAGAACUUGUAAGAAGUUGUAUUCUAAAGAAUAAUUUAAAGAAUAAACCUUAAAUAUUCUUUAAUUAACGGAUAGAAACCAGGUUCUAACCACCUUUUUACACUUAGUGCCAAUAGAUAUUUUUUCUUGCGCUACAAUACAUCCCAGUUUGGCUUAUUAGUCAUUCAGCUCGGUGGAAGUAAGAUUGGUGGUGAUUGGAUGUUCAGCAUGAUGAAUAAUACGACACUACCAAUAGGUUCCUCAUCCACUGCACUAGCAGGUUCUCAUGUGAAAUAAAGAGGCAUUUGGUAA